UUAUUAAAAGGAAAGUUUACAUCUUCCUUUACCAUGAAAGAUUCUGUACGUUUGUGGAACAAAAUAACUGAAAUCUUAAAUUCAGUAAAUGGCGCUAAAAAGGACUGGAAAGGUUGGCGUAAGUGCUGGCACGACUUUCAAUCACGCAGUAAAAAAAAACAUACCGUUAUAAAGCAAUCUAUGACAGCAACAGGAGGUGGUACACAAAAUACAGAGACAUUGACAUCACAAGAAGAACAAGUCCUUAAUAUUAUGUGUUCAACUAGUAUUCAUGGACAUCCUGAUGUAGGAGAAUCCAGUAUUAACAUAUUGGAAGAUUCAGAAGAUGAUGUAAUGGAUGUGGAGUAUUUAAACGAAGACGAAGAAGAUGUAGCCUCACAGAUUGUUAUCUCUACCUCAAGUUCUGAUAGUAAUAACUGCAAUAAGUUAGUUACUCGAGAAACAAAAGCAGUUGUAGACAACAGUUCCAAGAAACUUUCACAUGAAAAGGAAAAUAUUAAUAAAAUACAAACCAAUGAUACAGAUGUUAAACAGCUUUCUUCUAAAGUAGGUAAAAUCUUUCAGGACAUUGAAAUGUCAACGAAUGCAAAAUCUUAUGAACAAGAUAAAACCUCAAAUCAGAAGAAAACAGUAAACACGGUAAAAAAGGAAUUAAGAAAUACUGUUGAAGUAUCAACAAAUUUGAACAAUGUUUACGAAAAAACAUACGAAAUGAAAAAAGAUUAUUAUAAAGCAAGAUUAGAAUAUUUACAACGAUCUGUAGAAGCAAAGGAAAGGAUAGCUAAUAGUGCGGAGAGGUGUAAUACGUGUUAAUAUAGUAAGUAAAAAAGAUAGUAUUGUAUAGAGAUUCUCUAAUCAGAGACUGGCAAUUAUGAUCUCUUAAACUUGUCAAGAUCUAUGUCUUCAUUAUCGUCGUUUAGUCCAGUGGCACUGUCUAAUUAAAGAGUCUCUAGUAUUAUAUAGGUAUUGUGUUAUCCUCAUAACUAUUUGCUGAAUUUAA